AUGGAAGAUGAGAGACAGAAAGAGGCAAAGAGUCCAAGGCAUGGCCCCGAGAAGAGUGAAGCGGUUCGGUCAAGGUGGACUCCGAAGCCGGAACAAAUUCUCAUACUAGAAUCCAUCUUCAACAGUGGCAUGGUGAAUCCUCCAAAGGAUGAAACCGUCAGAAUAAGGAAACUGCUUGAGAAAUUCGGCACUGUUGGUGACGCCAACGUCUUCUAUUGGUUCCAGAACCGCCGCUCCAGAUCUCGCCGCCGCCAGCGCCAGAUGAUGCAGCAGGCCGCUGCCACCGCAGCUGUUAACCACCCUCAGCCCCAGGCUCAACCUCAGCCUCAUGGUCUUGUAGGUGGUGGUGCAAUUCAGCAUGAUCAUCAUACUCUGGUUAAUCUUGUUGCAAGUGAAAGUGCUACUUCAAACAUGGGUUUUGGUUCUUGCCCUUCUUAUGAUCUCCUAGGUGGUUCCUCUUCAUCAUGUGGUGGUGGUGGUGGUGGUGGACAACAAGCCAUGGAUGGUUUCUUUUCUAUUUCUUCUCCUCAAAUGGGUUUUCCUGAAAUAAUUGACCACACCUCACCUGCAUCAUCAGUUUUGCUCCCUCCUUUUGAUCCAAAUUUGAGCUUCCACACUGGAUAUGGGAGCACCAAUAUUUCAGCAUUCAUCACAGUUUUUAUCAAUGGGAUUGCAACAGAACUUCCAAAGGGACCAAUAGACAUCAAGACCGUGUUUGGAGAAGAUGUAAUGUUAGUUCAUUCCUCUGGAGUGCCAAUUCUCACAAAUGAAUUCGGAUUCUUGAUGCAGAAUCUUCAGCAUGGAGAAAGCUACUUUCUGGUUGGCAUAUACAGCAUAUAUAUCUUCAAAUCAAUUGCUUCUAUUCCAAAUCAUGUGCUGUAUCAAAGCCAACAUAGGUAUGAACACAACAGCCUUAGCAGCAAUGGAAAACUUCCUUUUCGAGUUUCUCUGUUAGCUUUGUCUGCUCCUCUUGUUUCCUUUUAA